AUGACUGUCCGCACCUCGAGGCUGUUACAGCGGAACCUGAGUUCCUCCCAUCACACACGACGCGCGGCGUCCGUGCAAACGUACUACUCGCAUCACCAUCCCACACCCUCUCCAUUUCCGCCCUCACAGGAGGCUAUCCUAGCCGCUGCUCUGAAAAGAGUGCCUCAAUAUGGUUUCAGCGAAAGGGCACUCUCACUUGGUGCGAAAGACGUCGGAUAUCUAGACGUCUCGGUGCAACUCUUCCCGAGAGGCGUGUUCGACCUAAUCAACUAUCACCUUGUCACUAGUCGACUCGCGCUUAAGGACACAGUCCAGUUCAGUGAGGACUCGAAAUUGGGCGUGGGGCGCAAGGUCAAGACAUUGACCAUGGCAAGACUGAGAGCAAAUAAAGAUGUCAUCCGGCAUUGGCAAGAGGCAUUGGGAGUCAUGUCGCUUCUCGAAAACAUACCCGCAUCACUGCAAGAGCUCGGCAAUUUGUCCGACGAGAUCUGGUAUCUGGCAGGAGAUACCGCUGUUGACUUCUCGUACUACACCAAACGUGCUUCUUUGUCCGCGGUAUAUGCAAGUUCCGAACUCUUCAUGACGACAGACACUUCGUCUGAUUUUGCAAUGACGGAGGAGUUCGUAGAGCGCCGCCUGGAAGCUGUGCAGAAAGUCGGUGGUGCAAUAGGAGGUCUGUCACAGUACGCAGGAUUCUGGGCCGGCAACGGCCUCAAUCUAGCAAGAUCGUGGGGAAUGCGGAUCUGA